AUGUAUAACCGUUGGCAGCAUUUACAAAAUCUGAAAACAAUUUUCCUCAAAUCCGUCGAAUCGGUGCGGCCGCAUAAUUUAUUGUCUUCGCGUAAUAAUUACAAUUUGGAACCGCGUUCGGAAGGUGAUCGAACAAUUAUACAGCUGCAGGGUAAACGGGUGGAUAUCACCCAUAAACAGUGUCAUGCAGUGGGUUUUGGUAAAGCCGUAUUGGGUAUGGCGGUGGAAUUGGAAAAAGCAUUGGGCGACACACUGAAGCAGGGCAUAUUGAGUAUACCAAAGGGUAGUCAACAGCAAUUUCGUGAAAUUAAGGAAAUGUGCCUCAAAGAGGACACCGUGUUUAGGGUCUAUGAAGGAGCUGAAAACAAUCAACCCGAUAUGAUAGCCUUAAAGGCGGCCAAAGAAAUCAAGUCCCUUGCGGAAUCAUUAAAUGAAAAUGAUAUUCUCUUCGUUUUAAUUUCGGGAGGUGGUUCAGCUUUACUACCACUCCCCAAAGAUCCGAUAACUUUAACAGAAAAAAUGCAACUAAUAAAAAACCUGUCCAACAAAGGAGCUUCCAUACAAGAAAUGAAUCAGGUUCGCAUUGCCUUAUCAUCGAUAAAGGGUGGCCAAUUGGCAAUGGCUGCCAGCAAAGCUUCAGCGGUAAUCUCCUUUGUGAUAAGUGAUAUAGUUGGUGAUCCAGUUGAUUUGAUUGCCAGUGGACCCACAUGGGUUUCAACGACUUCAACCCCGAAGCAAACCAGCCCUGAAGAAAUUCUGCAUAAAUACGAGCUAUGGCAGGAUUUGCCGGAACAUGUGAAAAUUUUAAUUACCACUGGAAAUGAUGGGGAAGUGAUUUCGCAACAGAAUAAUUCAAUUUAUGUGGUGGGAGAUAAUCGUGUGGCCACAUCGGCUGCAGUCUCCGAGGCCAUGAAUUGUAAUUAUAAUCCAUUUAUUGCAUCCACCACCAUGCAGGGAGAUGUACAGGAUCUCACCAAGACCUAUUGUGAUUUUUUGGCGGCAAUUUAUGAUUUCCAGGAAGGCCUCAUUGAGGAAUAUGAACUGAGGAAGAGAUUUCCAUUUGAUUCAAGGAUUUUUCAACAUUUCCUAAAAACCCUGCUGAUGUGUCAGAAAUCGAAGAAGCCUCUAAUGCUAAUUACGGCUGGGGAACCCACGGUGAAGGUCUCGGGUUCUGGUCUUGGUGGCCGUAAUCAAGAAUUGGCGUUGCGAUUGUCACUGGAGUUUUAUCGCCAAGAACGUUUGCGAAACGUUUGUUUCCUUAGUGCCGGUACUGAUGGCAUUGAUGGACCCACGAAUGCUGCUGGUGCAUUGGCGUGUUCUGAAGUCGUCAAAGACUUCUUGGAGUUGAAUUCCAAAAAUAUUUGUGAUUUGGAAUCAUUUAUCAAUAACAAUGAUUCAUAUAAUUUUUAUAAAGGAGUUAAGCAGGGAGAUUAUCAUGUGGUCACAGGACAUACAGGGACUAAUGUUAUGGAUCUGCAUUUCUUUUUAUUGUUAUAA